AUGACGAAAUUAGUUAGAAUUUUUAAUGGUGGGAUAGGUGAAAAAUUAAUUGUCUGUGAAACUACUGGUUAUCACGAUUUUAUGAAUCUGGUGAGGACAAAGUUCUUGCUGCCGGAGGAAGCGGAAUUACCCCUUCAAGACGAAGAAGGCGCUGAGGAGGAUGAAGAAGUCCUGCCAAUUCUUCUCCAACAGGCCACCACCCCCAAUCUUAUCUUGUAUGCGAAAGGAGAAGACACAGGCGCGACAACCUUUGAAGUCAUUACUUCACCUGCAGGACAGCAAACGCUAUCUUAUGUUAGCUCAACCUCGACUUCAAUUUGCCAUAGUGAACAGGACGGCAAUUUAUUCCAACAGCGAGACUCUGCCUAUAACAGACCAGAAACUUCUUGCUUCAGCAUUUGCGGAAAUAUUGCCGUGUUGGAGAUUCCCGUCGAGUACUCAAGGAAUCGAACUCUAACUUCGGACGGAGAUCCGUGGGACACUAUUCGACGUUUUACCAUGAAAAAUCUCAACUCGCUCGGAUUCGGAAAGAAAUCUACGGAAUCUUUGAUUCUCUCUGAUAUUGAAGAAUUGGUCACAUCACUUUCAAAAGGUGUCGGAAAAAGUCUAGAUUUUAAGGACAAGUUUUACAUCCCGGCUACAAAUCAUCUCUGGUUCAUCUUAACGGGAGAAGAAAUUCGAGACAAACCAUAUUUUCGUGACGCUUUAGCAUCCUUGCAUAAGAUGCCCUACACGAAAUCCGUGAUGCAAGAAGUGCUCCGAAUUUCGAGUACUUCUCCCUUCUCAAAUUUCCAAAUGACCACGGAAGAUGUCACCUUUGAGACCUACUUUAUCCCAAAAGGAACCACAAUCAUUGCCAAUUUAUACGGAAUUCAUCACGACCCAAACCUAUAUCCGGAACCGGAAAUAUUUAAUCCGGAUAGAUUCUUGGAUGAAACCCGGUCUCCUAAUGCCCCACCAUUUCUCCCGUUUUCCGUCGGCCUUAGAACUUGCUUAGGGCAAACGUUCGCGCGAAACGAAUUUUUUCUGCUGCUCGUCUCCCUCUGUCAGAAAUUCCAAUUUUCGUGGGACCCAAACGUGGAAAAACCUACGAUGGACGGUUUAACAGAAAAAUGCGUUAGCAUUUUUCGGUUUACGCCAGAAUUUAGGCUUUUGUUGGGAUGGAGAAGUGAGAUGCGUGGGAGGCGGGGCGAGGAGCAUAAAAUUAUUUUGCCUGUUUAA